AUGGUUGCUCAAUAUUCCGUCCCAGUUGGCAAGGCCGCCAAUGAGCACGAAACUGCUCCAAGAAGAAACUAUCAAUGUGCUGAAGAAGCGAUCGUUAGACCUCGCCACAUGAAAUGUUCCACUGUCUAUGAGUUCGCCCUGGAAAGUUUCCAGAAGCACAAAAACCUCAAUGCUAUGGGUUGGAGAGAUGUGAAGGAAAUCCAUGAAGAAUCUAAAUCAGUAAUGAAAAAGGUCGACGGCAAGGAGACAGCCGUAGAGAAAAAAUGGAUGUACUACGAACUCUCCCACUACCAGUAUAACACUUUCAACGAGCUGACGGAUAUCAUGCACGAUAUCGGUCGCGGGUUGGUGAAAAUGGGGUUGAAGCCGAAUGAUGAUGACAAACUACAUAUUUACGCCGCCACCUCACAUAAAUGGAUGAAAAUGUUUUUAGGUGCGCAGUCUCAAGGUAUUCCCGUCGUUACUGCCUACGACACUCUGGGUGAGAAGGGGCUGAUCCAUUCUUUGGUGCAAACCGGGUCUAACGCCAUCUUCACGGAUAACUCUUUACUGGCAUCUUUGAUUAAACCAGUCCAGGCCGCUCAGGAUAUAAAGUUCAUAAUUCACUUCGAUUCGAUUGAUCCUGAGGACAAGAGACAAAGUGGUAAGAUGUACCAAUCAGCCCACGAUGCCCUCAAUAAGAUCAAGGAAGUCAGACCAGAUAUCAAGACCUUCAGUUUUGAGGAAAUCUUGAAGCUGGGUAAGGACUUCCGUAACGAAAUCGAUGUUCACCCACCUGGCAAGGAGGACCUCUGUUGUAUCAUGUACACUUCGGGUUCUACAGGUGAGCCAAAGGGUGUGGUCUUGAAACAUUCGAAUGUUGUCGCAGGUGUUGGCGGUAUAAGUUUGAACAUUAUCAAAUUUGUAGGGGACACCGACCGUGUUAUUUGCUUUUUGCCAUUGGCCCAUAUCUUUGAAUUGGCGUUUGAACUGCUGUCCUUUUAUUGGGGGUCCUGCAUUGGUUAUGCAACCGUGAAAACCUUAACAAACACUUCCAUGAGAAAUUGCCUAGGUGACUUGCAAGAAUUCAAACCCACCAUCAUGGUUGGUGUUGCCGCUGUUUGGGAGACAGUGAGAAAGGGUAUUCUAAACCAAAUCGAUAAUUUGCCUUUCCUCGCCAAAAAAAUCUUCUGGACCACCUAUAAUACAAAACUGAACAUGCAACGUUACCACAUUCCCGGCGGCGGCAUAUUGGGUAAUUUGAUAUUCAAAAAGGUCAGAACAGCUACGGGUGGCCAAUUGAGAUACUUACUGAACGGUGGUUCUCCAAUUAGUCGAGACGCUCAGGAAUUCAUUACGAACUUGAUUUGCCCCAUGCUGAUCGGUUACGGUUUAACUGAAACGUGUGCUAGUGCUGCUGUCCUAGACCCUGCCAAUUUUGAACUGGGCGUCGCAGGUGACUUGACUGGUUGUGUCACCGUCAAGUUGGUCGACGUUGAAGAGCUGGGCUAUUUUGCCAAGAACAACCAAGGUGAAGUCUGGAUCAAAGGUGCUAACAUCACACCCGAAUACUAUAAGAACGAACAGGAGACUUCCGAAGCUAUAACUGACGAUGGUUGGUUCAAGACUGGCGAUAUCGGUGAAUGGAAAGCAAACGGCCAUUUGAAAAUCAUCGACAGAAAGAAAAACCUCGUUAAAACGAUGAAUGGUGAAUAUAUUGCUCUUGAAAAAUUGGAAUCCGUCUACAGAUCCAAUGAAUAUGUCUCUAACAUUUGUGUCUAUGCCGACCAAUCAAAGACUAAGCCAGUGGGUAUUAUUGUUCCAAACGAGGCUCCAUUAACCAAACUGGCCAAAAAAUUGGGAAUCAUGAAGCAAGAUGACAGUUCGAUUAACAUCGAAAAUUACUUGCAUGAACCAAAAUUGGUUAAAGCCGUUUAUUCCGAUCUUUUGAAGACUGGUAAAGACCAAGGUUUGGUCGGUAUCGAACUACUAGCAGGUAUAGUAUUCUUCGACGGUGAAUGGACCCCACAAAAUGGUUACGUCACGUCCGCUCAGAAAUUGAAAAGAAAGGGUAUUCUAGAUGCCGUCAAAGAUGAAGUCGACGCCGUUUAUGGGUCUUCGUAG